AAUCAGGGGCCUGUUGCACAAAAGUAGAAUUAAGACAUCCGGGAUAAAUGACUCAGCUGAGCUCAAUAAAGCCAAAACAUGUGCGUCCAGGCUUAAUUGGUUGCACAAAGACCAAGCCAGGAUGAGCAGACACGGAUUCAUUAAGCCAGGUGAAACCAAUCCUGGAUAGGUGCGCGCUCACGGCUCACUCAAAUAGACCCCGCCACAGAUCACAGAUUAACUGAUUUACCAUGGCAACUAGAGCCGCGUACUUUUCCCCGUCGGAAGCACAAAUCCUCAUGGAGGCAUACGAGGAGGUAAAAGAUAUAAUUAAGAAGAAAGGCAACACCGCCACAGUGAUAAAGCAAAGAGAAAAAGCGUGGCAAAGUAUUGCAGACCGCCUGAAUGCAUUAAACAUGAACGGGCCAAAACGGACAUGGCAGCAGGUCAAAAUCAAAUACAAGAACAUUCUGCAGAAUGCAGUGAAAAAGAAUACCCACAGACAAGGCACGGGUGGUGGGUCACCAAAGGCUGACCUUACCCCAGCAGAGGACAUGGCCUUGGAGCUAAAUAAAGGCAGGCCCGUCUUAGAGGGGAUCCCUGGGGGGAAAGAGACGAGCAUAGGUUCCUCCCAAGAUGCCACCCGCUUCAUUCAAGUGUCUGGCAGCACUGUGUUCCUGUUAGAGCCACCAGCACAAGCACCAGACGAUGCUGAUCCAGGUGAAAGCCCCAGUGCAGCAGCAACAGCACAUGAUGGAGACGAUGAUGAGGAGGAGACCAUCUCUGUGGAUUCCAUAAGGCAUGAGGACCCAGAUGCUAUACAGUGGGAAAACCAGCCUGGCAACAUAAGCUCACAAGCUAUCAGAAAGUUGUAUGGCAACCACCUCCGGCGCCAAAUAGAACUGGCAGACAUAGACAUUCAGUACAAGAAGAAAAAGAUAGAAAAUCUUGCACUGGAGUCCGAAAUAAAAAAGAGGACAAUUAGGAAACUGGACCUUGAAAUAAAAAAACUUGAGAGGGAGCUCCAAGAAGAUGACACAGCUCAAAAUAAAAAUUAGCAAUCAGUACAACCAAGUCAUCGUUAUAAGGCACCGGCCUCUUUUGCCCACCCCCCCAGCACCAGGUGUGGCCACUAGCCUAUAUGAAGGCCCAAAAUUGUGUGUUGCUUUUUUGCUAGUGGAGCCUUCCUGUACUCAGUGGGGGAUGCAGAACAGCUGAACAAGGCCACAAUUUGCCGCACAAUAAGGAGUGUGUGUCUGGCUAUCAAAGCAUUAGCAGAUGUCUUCAU